UAUGAUCCGCAUCAGUGAAUAAAUUUAAACGUAUUUCAUCUAUACAAAAACGAAUAUAAAUAUAAAUUUUGUUUGUGCAUUUGCAAUAAAAUUUUAUUUCCAUACAUUUAUUUUUUAGUGCGUGACAAUAAAAAUUUAUUGCGAUUAAUAAAAAUACUUCUAAUAAACAUUGAUUUCAAAUGUAAAUAAAGUCGGUCAAGGUAUAGCUGAAGUGAUAUUUGAAUAUUUAUAAAAAUGUAAAUAUUAAAAAUAUGAAACAGUGAAACGGUUGGUUAUUAUUAAGUCGUACGUCAAUGGACGCAAAAGAAAAUCCGAAGGACGACAGUCCCCUCAGUCAUAAUGAUACUUCUUUGUAUAGAACGUAUAAUAAUAAUCAUAAACAUCAGCAUCAACAUCAACAUCCACAUCAACAUCAGCAUCAAAAAUCGAAGUCGUCUCUUGUAAGUAAUCCCCGGCUAAUACAAAAUGACAAUACAGAUGCUGAUGACGAAGAUCAAUAUAAACUUUACUCUAGUAGCGACGAAAAUAUACCAAAAAAUAGUAAUUCCAAUAUAAGUACAAUAGAUACACAAUCUGUUAAUAAUAUACUCGAUAAAUAUGAAGAUCUUGAUUGUGAAAAAUCAUCAGAUUCAAGUAGUUUGAAUGCUGUUAAUUUUGAAACUGAUAUUGAUAUCAAUCAGCAUCACCAAGAGCAGGAGCAACAGCAUCUACAGCAGCAGCAACAGCUGGAUCAAAUCUUUAUAACAGCCGGUAAAAUGCGACAUCGUCCCACUUGCUACUCAAGUGAAAGGCUUGACAAGAAACAAGUGCUCAGGGUCAACCAGCAGACACAGGUGCGACAAAGAUCGCGAGAUCGAGUUAAAGAACAUCAUCAACAACAACAACAUAUCUCUUCAGAUGGUCACAAAGCAUCAUUUGUUGUUGACGAUCAUCUUAAUUCAUUUAUCGUACGAUCAAAUACAAAUAUAUAUGAUAAUAAAAAAAUAGUACCGCAUCAAGUUAUGUAUUUACAAAAAGGUGAAGUACAAAAACGUGUUGAUGAAUGGUUAAAUCAUAGCCAAAAUUUACAGUUAAAUAAAUCUAAUAUUAAUAAUAGUGGCAAUGCUAGUUGUAAUAAAUUAAAUAUUAGUAAUAAUAAUAAUACUACCACGAGUAGUAGUGGUAAUACUAAACGUGAAAUAUAUUUAACGAGAUCAAAUAGUAAUAUUGAACAAAAAAGACGUUAUUGCAAUAAUGAAUCACGAUUACUUAAUGACAAAAUGGAAUCUCGCCUCAAUGACACAGUGAGUUUUGAAAAUUUAAAUUCUGAACAGCAAUUACCAAGACGUGAAUACAAGGCCAUACUAAGUAAUGAUCAGAUAAAUUCACAAAAGGAAACAUACAGAGAUUAUUGUGCAGUAAGAAAUGGUUUGAGAAACCACCGUCAUCAAAAAGAUACUGAAAAUUUAAAAGUUUAUAAAAUUAACAACCAAAAUGAUACUGUGUCUGAAUCAUCUGGUGAUUAUUUUAAUUUACAACAGCAACAACGAUACCGUAAACAAGAAAUGAAAACUAGUGUGGAUAAAAAUAAUUAUCAACAAGAUAGUCAACAAGAUAUUAUUUAUUCAAAAUCUAAAUCUGUGAGUACUAGUACUAGUAUACGACGAAUACCCUCAGCUAGUCAGAGACCAAUCAGGUGUACAGACGAUGCAACCGCACUAAAUAAGGCCAGAGAAAGCCGACGUCAGUUAAUUACAGCACGAGUGUAUCAACGUGUAAAUAGUGAAUCCGUCAAUGAAACUAGAAAUGAGUCUAUUAAUCAUCAGCAAAACCAACAAACUACCAACAAAGAGGUAAAUAAAGUCAAAAAACCUCCGCCGCCACCACGAAGAGAUUUUACUGAUCGGAAUAAUCGAGAGGAAACUGCACAGAGUUUAUUAAAUAAUCAAUCAGGUUGUUCGAGUUUUAAGCCGCUUGGUAAAUUACUAAGUAAACAACUGGGUGAUUGUAAUACAAAUAGUGAUUUUGAUAUAACCAUUGGCAAAUUACAUGAUAAUGGUGUGAUAACACGGAAUACUGAUGAAAUGAUUAAAAAUAAAUCGUCAUUGCAUUGUAAAACUAUUCAUACUGAUGACCUUCUGAGUAUUCUUGCACCUGCUGCCAAGAGAUCUGUGUACAAAGAAGACAAUGAAGAAGAAUCUGAUCAAGGUUUCAUUAAUUUGACUAAAGAAAUCGAUCAGAAUAGCGGUGACCUAGAAAUGCCUUCUGAAAGUUGCUUGGAUAAAUCGACGGCUGUAGAAACUAAAAAUUUUAGUACAAAGAUACAAAGACGUGAUAAUUAUUAUUGUAAAGAAGAAAAUAGAAGUAAAGAUAAAGAUAAAGGAAUUUCUGAUAUAAAAAAUGAAAAAAUUAUGAGCUCGUUUAAUCAGUUAAAUAAAAAUCAAUAUGAUAUUUUGUCAAGUAAUAUUAUUGAUGAAGAAAAAUUAUCGUUGGAUAAAAGAGAACGAGUUGAAAAAAAAGAGACAUCGAAAAGUUGUAAGACAAAUAAAGUAACGGAUGAAAUUCUACAAGACUCUUAUGAGGGCAGAAGUACGUUGAAGUUAGAUAGAGAUCGUGGAGCGAUCCAUACUAAAGAUCUGGAAAGUCGGGCAACAUUUCAAGAUACUUUGGUCGCGGACUUUGCUGAAAACUCAAUAUUUCAGCAUAAGAAUGACGAUUGUUUUCAAAGCCAUUUACUUAAUGCUAAAAACUCUUGGAAAGUUGAACCAAUUUAUUCAAAAGCUAAUAGUGACUCGAUGCACGUUGAAUUGUUUAAAGUUAAACAAAAAACCAUGAUUAAUAAUGAUAGUUCAAAUACUCAAAUUAAUAGUGAUGUUUAUAAUUUAAGUUUAAAAAAAAUCGUUGAUAAUCCAAAAGUUAAUAAUGAAUCGGUUGAAUCAAAUCAUGCUAAGCAAUUUAACUUUAAUAGUGUUCUCAGUGAUGAUUAUAAAAACUUACAUAUACGCGAAGCUAAUCGAUUGAAUGAAUCUAAAGUUUAUGUUACCAAAGAAAUUAUAGAGAGACAAAGACUAAUGGAUAUGCUUAGGAAAGGGGAUUAUCAUGCAGUUAAAUUGGAACUUGAAAAAAGUUUCACUGUAUCAACACCGGGAGAUAGUAGUCCAGUUUGCUAUCCACCCUGCAGUCCACCUCCAGCUCCAGCAGCUUAUCUAUCAAGUGUCCGAGCAUCAUCCAGGAAAUUAGACGGUGCAAGUGGACAUCCUUCACCUGAUCGUGACUCCGUCGGACGACUACUUCGAUAUUUGAAGAGCUUUUACAAAGAAGUAGCGACAAGAGAUCCUCAUCACUUGCCACCAUGGACUUCAUUUUUACCAGCUGGUACAUUUUGCCCAGCACAUUUUCAACCCCACUUACAGCUUAUCUACAACAACGACCAAGAGCAUCGUUUAGAGAGAAUAAAAAUCGAUCAAAUCUUCACAUCAAUACGAUUGAGUGACGGAAUUUUGUUGGAAGGACCUAGACGAGUUGCAAUAGAAGGUGGACCAGGAAGUGGUCGAACAAGUUUAUGUUUGAAAUUACUUCAUCAAUGGGCAAAUCAGGGCGAUGGACCAGCUCUUGCAUUCAUGAUACCAUUACGUGAAUUACGUGGAAAUUCAAUAAUAAAUUACUUAACACGUGAAUUUCUGCCUAAAAGUGCAGCUCUGGGUGGUGCAAUAGCACAAGUGUGGCGAACACUUCAUUUGUUAGAAGACCGUGUGCUUUUUAUUCUUGACGGGUACGAUGAAUGUUCAGGUGCAAAGGCAUCAUUAGCAGAUGCGGCAGACCUUUUAGAAGCACGUCUUUUUCCCGAUGCAAGAAUACUCGUUACCUGUACACCAAACAAUUCAUCAAGCUUGUCGAGUAUGGUACAACGCCGAAUUCUUCUAACUGGUCUCGAGUGGUCCCAUGUUGAAAAACUAUGCGUUGCUUAUUUUAUUCAUAAUAACUUGUCAGAGCAUGCAUGUGAUUUUUUAGAAAAUUUAAAUGUGCAGUCACAGUCUGCAAAAGAGUUUAUACAAUAUCCAUUAGGUUGGAUUAUGUUAUGUUCGCUUUAUCGUGAUUCUGGUAAAUUGCCGAGCGAAUCAAAUACAUUGAUACAAGAAGCUAUUAAAGGUGUUGUUAAAAAAAGUUUAGAGCACUCAUUGACUCCUGACGAAGAGAUUCCUAUUUAUUAUAAAAAGAAACUCGAAGACUUUGGUAAACUUUCUUUGUCAAGUUUGAGAAAAGGUAAAUGCUGUUACACCGAAACAGAGUUAAGAACUCGUGGUGGCGGAAUCGAUAUCACAAGACUUGGGUUUCUGACACGAGGUUUUACUUUCGGACAUCGUCGAAAAACAGAAAUUUAUACGCCAAUACAUCUAGCGGUUAUCCAAUACUUUGCAGCAUGUUACCUUGCGUCAGUAUCACAAUUCACAAACAUAUUGCGCAAUGAGUUAGAUGGAUUACCCACCGAAAUAAUAAGCCAUUUAGCAGCAUUACUGGGCCCCCGAACUCAUUUAAUUCUUAACCAACUAUGCCCACUGGAAAUUCCACCAAGAAUGAUAUUCUCAUUACUUAAAGCCGCCGGAACGUCUGACAAUAAUAUUCUGUCAGUUUGUCGAUUAUUUGGAGCAGCAUCGGGUUUCGGACCGACCCCUAAUGAGAAGCCUCCAGUUCCAUUAGUUCAAAUAUCACCACUUGAGUUGGAAGGAUGGGCGAAAAUACUUUCCAGCUCAGCUUGUACACUUGAAGCUCUUGAAGUUGUCUUUCAAGUUGAACGUGGAUCUGAUCCAACUUAUCUAAAUAAUUUCUUCAAUGCACUUUCUAACAAUGAAAGCGUUAAACUUGUUAGAAUAACUUCACUGUUGGGACAAGAAUUUUCAACUGACGAAACACAAAGGCUCGCUGAAUAUCUCAAGAGUGUACUUAGUAAAAAGAAACUUAACGAUUUUGAACUUGUUAUUACGUGCUUAGAAGAAUCCUCAAAUGACAGACUGGAGUGUGUAGUGUGUGCUCUCUGUCAAGGUUUAAGAAAUGCAUCUCCUCACCUAUCACGAGUGGUACUCGAUAUGAAUCUGUCCAGCGAGCAAGUCAGUAGGGUUUGCAAGACACUCCGCGAUUGUGCUCAAGUACAGGCACUACACUUGCCCCAUUUGAGCUGUGGUAGUGAUGGUUUGGCAUCUGUUGCAAACCUUCUCAAAGAAAGACCUUUGUUUGCACUCAAUCUUGCCGGAAGCUGGGGAACUAAGAGUGAAGAUCCAUCAAGCUCUGGGAUUAGUAUGGGGUCUGGGUCAGGCUCUGGAAGCAGCGGUUGCGCAUCAAACACACUCGGAACAUUAUCCGUUAAUCGGUGCUACUCUUCUCUUCCACGUGGUACCCUCGCAGCUUACGGGAGUUUGACUAGACCAGCAACGUUACCACGUCUGCCAUUAGGUAUUGGCCUCAAUCCUAGUCCAGCAACUGCUAAUGGCACACUUCCACAAAACGAUAAUGACAAAGACAGCAGUUCUGGUAAUAGCAAGAGAAAUAGUGACAGCGUACUUUGUCAUCGUCUCCCUGUGAUGCAUCCGCUUCCUACAUGUGACGUUGCCUGCCAUCAAGGAACUGGUUUCCAUGAAAUUUUCAGUACCAUACGAGAACAAAACUGCAAAUUAAGAUCUUUGAAUGUCUCAAAAUGUCUGCAAGGAAGUCUGGAUGCAAGUUGUCUAGGAGAAACAAUCAGACGAGCACGAAAUUUAGAUGCUGUAAGAGCAGCCGGUGCCUCAAGGCCAAUAGAUAUUAUGCCUCUUGUUCUUGCACUUACUGAAGCUCCGUGUCUCCAACUUCUUGAUCUAGCCAGUCCUCGUCUUGCAAUUGAUGAUCAUCCCUCGAGACUUCUAUGCCAUGCACUCGCGAGAAAUGAAACUCUCCGUCUACUGAGUCUUGAAGGAUGGACAUUUAGAAUAGAGGAAUCUGACAGUCUAGCAGUAUUUGCUGAGCUAUUGAUGUGCACAAGUGUACGUGAAUUAAAUUUGUGCAAUGCCCGUCUGCAUCUAGCCGUCCACGAAGGUCCACUUUCAAGAUUAGGUCGUAGAGACGACGUCGGAGCGGAACUGUUGAGAGCCGCACCACCCCCGACAUGCCCUACGAUAGUUUUCCUUCGUCUAGCCGGCUUUCAAGUUUCAGUCAACGAUAGAUUAGCAUUGCGUGGUCCUUUAUUACUGCCAUUUAUCGCAGGAUUUACAGUACUAAGCGAUUUAGAUUUAUCAUUAGAUAAAUCGGAAAUAGGUAAUAAUAAUGGCUCACAAUUAUUUAUUGAUGAUAAAAUAUUACAACAAUUUUUUUCAUCUUUGGCAAUGAAUUUAAAAAAUUUACAAACAUUAAGAAUAAAUUACUGGCAAAUAACACUUGAAAAUAGUGAUAAAACAAUGAAACACAUAUCGAAAAAUUUACGGCUUUGUAAUUUAAGUUUUUUAAAAGCUAAUGGUCUUGUUGUUACUGACAGUGUGAAACGUAUACAAAUAGAGCAUGUCUUUAUACAAACAGUACUUGCUAAUUUACAAUCACUAACUUGGCUAUGUCUCGAUGGUAUUAAACUUACGGAAAAUCAGUGCACUACAUUAGGCAAAUGGAUUAAAGAUAAAUAUCCAGGUAAUUUAGUCGAAAUAAGUGCUAAAGAUAUUAAUGUUAAAGCUGUUAAAGCUUUCGUUGCUGCCGUUGAAGACGGCGAGCGUAUUGAUAUUAAUUACACCGGUGGAUUUAUUUGUCGAUUAAAAAUAAGCAAAUUGCAGAAAAAUGCUAAAAAUAAAAAUAAGUUUAAGUAAUAAACAAUAUUUGUGAUAAAUUUAUAAAGACUGUGCUACUUUAUAUAGUUAGCUGCAUGCACCAUUUUAAAUAUUUUAUAACAAUAAUUAUUAUUAUUAUUAUUAACAAUAAUAUUAAUAAGUCUUUGAAUGAAAAAAGAAGUUUUCAAAUAAUAUAUUUAAAAAAUUAAAUAUUAUCAAAUUUUAAUGUACAAUUUAAUAGAGAUACAGUACAAGAAUAAAUAUUUUUUUUUAAGCCUUUAAAAAAUUUCAACUUUUACAAACUGAAUACGCAUGUGCUGAAAAAUUAUUUUUUAUAGUUGAAAAAUUAUGAUAAUUAACAAAAUUAUGACCCGAAGUUAGCAGGCAAUUAACAAUUUUCGAUUAUUUUUUUAACAAUUCAAUUUAAAAAAAAAAAGAAAAACUAAAAAUAUGCACCUGUAGAAAAUUUAAAAAACUAUAGGUGCAAUUUUUUGAAAAAAAUUUUUUUUUAUAUUUUAUUGUUUCUAAAAAAAUUCAAAAAUUUUUAGACGGCUAACUUCAGUAUCUUAUAAAAUUAGUGCAAAUAAUUUGCAUGAAUAAAAUUUCUAUAUUUAAAUUUUUAAGUACAAUUUAACUGAAUUGGAGCACAACAAGGAUACUCGUAUGUGUAAGACAAAAAAAUAGUAUUAUUUUAAACCAGUCUGAAAAUUAUGAAUUAAUGAGUUAGUUGAAUGAUGUCGCAGUUACACGACUUUUUUUUUUAUUGGAUAUUAUUGGAUCUAAAAAAAUGUUUCGAGCCACCGUACGAAAGUUUACAAAUUUCUCUGGUUAAUUUUAUGGAAAAUUUCAGAAUCACAACCCCGAUAAAUCCAAACUUUUAAAUGCUAUUUUAAAAAAUUUUUUAAAAACUCAGCAAAAUAUUUAAUUUAAAGUUUUCUGUGCACGUGAUGCCGUAAAAAAAUUUUGUUGAAAGUUUACCAAUGAAUUCCAGAAGAUUGUUUUUGACAGUUGUCUUUUUUUUCUAAAAGUUCUAUUUAUUAAUAAUUUAUUUAUUUAUGCUUCGAUAUUGUUAUUAACUUUUUAAUAAGUAAUUACUUGGAUGUUAAUGACAAACUUGAGAAAAAAAUAUAAAGUUUAAAAUUAAUUUGAAAAAUUUAAUAAUUAAUUUUAGUGUCAAGGAAAAAAAAUUACAUUAGAAUAUUUCCAAGCUAUAAAUAUAUAAUAAAAAAAAAGGAAAAAAUAAGUACGGAAGGUGAUUUAUUGCUGGUACAUGACAACCCAAAAGAAAGUUGCAAAAAAAAACCACCGAAAAUAUUUUAUGUUUCAAACUACAAAUUGAAUUUACAAUAAAAAACUUUGUCUUUUAAUAAAAACUAUUAUUUAUUGUUAAAAAAUUAAAGGUUUGAGUGACAACUCGAACAUUUGCAAGUUUCAAAAUUAAAUUUAAAAAUAUCUAAACUUAUAUUCCUGAAACUCAAUUACCAUAUUCUGAAAUUCGGACAUGAAAUUUCAAUUUACGCCAUAGUGUUCAGUGCGUAAAAAUCUAUAAAAAAUGUUACAUUUUUUAAAGGCAAAUUUGUGUUGUACCGUAAUAUAAUUUAUCUAAAAAUUUUUAUGAACAAAAAUAGAAAUAAAAAUAUUUAUCGGAAAAAAAUGUUGUAAUUAAAAUAUAAAAAUUUUUUAUCAAAAAAAAAAAAAACGUUAUUUUCAGUAGACAAUUAUUUCAUCCAAUUAAAAACUAAUUGAAUUAUUCGAUUGUUGAUAAUUAAAUAAUUGAAGUAUUGAAAUUUAAAAAACAUUUAAAAAUAAAAUUUUAAUUAAUUAAAAGUUAUAAAAUUAUAAAUCGUUAAUAAAUUGAAGUACUAACCAAUUAAUAAUAAAUACUGCGUUCGCUAUGCGAUUUUAAAGAUAACGUAGAAAUUAUAAAUGACACUAUUAGUAUAAAAAAAAACAUAAAAUAUGUAUUUACAAAUUUUAUAUUAAAUACUAUUAAUAUUUGAUAAUAAUACGAUAAUUCAAUUUCAUAGUGGUCAUAAAAAAUAAAAUAAUUGAAAUUCUCUUUUUGGAAUAAUUAAAUAAAUAAUUGAUAAAUUAGAUUUCAAAUCUUUUCGAUGAUAAUUGUUUAAUUAUGAAUGAAACUAAUAUUAGUAACUUGAGGUAAAUCCUCUCUGAAUGCAGAUUCUACAUUUUUAAAUUUAAAAGAGGGAAAAAAAAAAACGUCCAGCGCUGACAUAUUUAAAGGGGAUAGAAUAUGAUCCCUUUAAUAUCAGAAUUUCCAUUUUAUUCAUUUUUCUCUCUUGUCAUGAGCAUGAAAGAGAUAGGAAAAAAAAAUAUAUUCAUUUCAUUUUACAUUUACAUUCUAACAAAAAAAUUUCGUGAAUACAUUUAAAUAAUUUUUGUUUUAAUUACAAUAUCAAAACUUUAUUUUUAUAUUUUUUUAAAUUUAUGUAAUUGAAUAAAAGAAAUUAUUAAUUAAUUAUUAUAUGAAUUUCAUACGAUUAAAUUAAUAACAAUUUACAAACAAAAUUAUUUAAUGGCUGUUACUAAUACAGUUAAACGUCUUAUGAUAAAAUAUACAUAUAUAAAUAUAUGUGAUUUUACAGAAUUCAUAUUUUUUAUCUUUACUGUUCGAAAUUUUUUAAUUAUAAAUUUAAAAAUUAAACCGUUUGAAAUCUAUCGUUAGUUUGAAUUUUACGUCGCGAUUGACAUUAACUUGCGUAAUUUAUUAUACAUACAUUUUGUUGAUAUUUUUUAAUAUUAAAACAUGUCCUUUCAACCUUAUUGAUCAUACUGCUUUGUGAAGCAUGAAAUGAUUAAAUAUGUAAAUUGUUUUUUUUAAUAUUCAGUCUCUUUAGCAGUGACGAGAAAUUUUAUCUGAAUUUUGUAAAAAAUAAAUUUUAAAUAUUUGAAAUUAAUAAACUGACAUACAAAUUUCAUUCAAUCAGCUUUUUUUUAAUAAAUUGUAUGCUCAUAGAGCCGGAUGAUUGAUAAAGACGGAAAUUUUUUUGAAUUACAAUAAAAAUUUUUAAAUAUAUCGAGGAAAAAUCUCAUUCAAUUUUCCUUUUAUACUCGAAUAAACGAAUGAGAAUUUUAAAACAUUUUUUUCUUUUUGACUAAUCAAAAAUUUUCUAGUUUUAUAUCUUGUCAGAAGACAAUGAAAACUCUAUUGCAAAAUUUAUCCCUUUUUACCAAAGAAUUACAAUUAUGAUUAAUAAAAAAUAAUUUACGUUAUUACUUUUGAACUUUACUAUUAAGUCAUAAAAUUCUUGCUUAA